CUGGCCUGGUUUCCGGGCGACUAAACCCUACCGGCCGCGGCUUCUUCGGCAGUUUUCCGCGUUUCCUUCCUGAAGCGCAAGCGUGGCGGUUAUGCCUUGGCUACUCUCGGCAACUAAGCUUGUUCCCUCGGUAGCAAGCGCCCGCAGCCUCUCAGGAUGCAUCUCACGUUCACAGCGAAGGUACUCCCUGCAACCCAUCCCAGAGAGGAGGAUUCCAAACCGAUACUUAGGCCAGCCCAGCCCCUUUACACACCCACACCUCCUCAGACCAGGGGAGGUGACGCCAGGACUAUCCCAGGUGGAAUAUGCACUUCGCAGACACAAACUAAUAUCUCUGAUCCACAAGGAAGCACAAGGGCAGAGUGGUACAGACCACACAGUGGUACUGCUGUCCAACCCUACAUACUAUAUGAGCAAUGAUAUCCCCUAUACUUUCCACCAAGACAACAAUUUCCUGUACCUGUGUGGAUUCCAAGAGCCUGAUAGCAUUCUGGUCCUUCAAAGCCUCCCCGGCAAGCAGUUACCAGCACACAAGGCCAUACUUUUUGUGCCUCAGAGAGAUCCCAGUCGAGAACUUUGGGAUGGCCCCCGAUCUGGUACUGAUGGAGCAAUAGCUCUAACUGGAGUGGAUGAAGCCUAUACGCUGGAAGAAUUUCAACAUCUUGUACCAAAACUGAAAGCUGAGACACAUACACUGUGGUAUGACUGGAUGAGGCCCGCUCACAUUCAGCUCCACUGUGACUACAUGCAGCAGUUGGCAGAGGUCAAAGCCAGGAGCAAGAACAAGGUUCGGGCUGUGCAGCAGCUGGUACAGCGUCUCAGGCUGAUCAAAUCUCCUGCAGAAAUUGAACGAAUGCAGAUUGCUGGGAAGCUGACAUCACAGGCUUUCAUAGAGACCAUGUUUGCCAGUAAAGCCCCUGUAGAGGAAGGCUUUCUUUAUGCUAAGUUUGAAUUUGAAUGCCGGGCCCGUGGUGCGGACAUCUUAGCCUACCCACCUGUGGUUGCUGGAGGUAAUCGGUCAAACACUCUGCACUAUGUGAAGAACAAUCAACGCAUCAAGGAUGGGGAAAUGGUGCUGCUGGAUGGAGGUUGUGAGUCUUCUUGCUAUGUGAGUGACAUCACUCGUACCUGGCCUGUCAAUGGCAGGUUCACGGCACCUCAGGCAGAACUCUAUGAAGCUGUUCUAGAAGUCCAGAAAGAUUGUCUGACCCUCUGCUCCCCUGGAACAAGCUUGGAUAACAUCUACAGCAUGAUGCUAACACUGAUAGGACAGAAGCUUAAAGAGUUGGGGAUCAUGAAGAACAUUAAGGAAAAUAAUGCCUUCAAGGCUGCUCGAAAAUACUGCCCGCAUCAUGUUGGCCAUUACCUCGGGAUGGAUGUCCACGACACUCCAGACAUGCCCCGCUCCCUCCCUCUGCAGCCUGGUAUGGUAAUCACAGUGGAGCCAGGUAUUUAUAUUCCAGAGGAUGACAAAGAUGCCCCUGAGAGGUUCCGUGGUCUUGGUGUACGAAUUGAGGAUGAUGUAGUGGUAACUGAGGACUCACCUCUCAUCCUUUCUGCAGAUUGUCCCAGAGAGAUGAAUGACAUCGAACAGAUAUGCAGUAGGGCCUCUUGACCCUCAUUGUGGCCCACAUGCAUCUCAGGUUCAGAAGGGGUGGACGUUGGCCUCUGUGCACAUGUGCUUUCUGGGGGUCUCUGUGUGGACAUUUAUACACGUGUUCCACUGGGGAGUGCAGCAGCUGUAUGAGUGUAUGUAAUUGUGUAUGCGGUCUUUCUUGUUUUAUGUAGCUAGAAAUCUGGGAAAUUGAGUUUUUGGAUUGUAUGUUACUGCAACUUUAUUAACAUUAAUUCUGUAGAAUUAAUGACUGAGACAAGUUUAGUUUUAAGAUGUAAAGAAAGAUCUUGGUUACAUAUGUCCACGCAUCCCAGUUAGCACAUGGAGAAAAUUCUCUGCUUCUCUCCAGGUCCUUCCCCUUCUGCACUUUUCCUGAGAUCCUCCUAAUAUCAUAAGAUUUUUGUGUAAUGCCUAUAUAUUUUGAGCCAAUCACCAAGGUCUUUGCCUACACUGAAAACCACCUGUCAGUGAUUGUGGGUGGCCAGUACGUACCUUCCAUAACACCUGCCUACCUAUCCAGGAGCCCAUGUAUCUACUGGAGCCACGUGAGCCCUCAGGGCACUGGUGUCCUACAGUCACACCAUUCAGCCACAGUCCAGAUUCCAGCAACACUAGCUAUCGAACAAAUUUUUGAGCCUUUCUUGCUAUUUGGUUACCUGGGACCUGGAAGGUGUUUAGAUUCUUGAUAAGGAAGGAAAUGAAAGAGAAAGAAAAGUAUAUGUGUCUGCUAUAGAUCCAGACCGCCAUCCAUCUCUUCUCAAUCUAAAGAUGAUUCCUUUCCCAAACAUCCAUGCUUUCUUUAUAGAUUCUUAAUGCAUUGACCCUCAGCACACCCUUGAAGCUGCUUCCCUGGCCAAGGGCGGAUCCUCUACUUACCCUAUUAAAGUCAGAGGAAUGGCACCCAGUAUUCAGAGAGACACCCCAGUUAUCAUUCUGUGAUUUCCUCUAGUGCCAAUAAAAACAAAAUAUGCAACCCACUCAGUACCCGUAAACACCCUGUGAUCCUUUCCUUCCUUGGACGUUAGCACUGGAAGGACACUGGUAAAGACUCAUGUUUCCCUCAACACAGCAUGGGAUGCAAUUAUAUAAAACUCAGUUUGCAAAGUGAACAGGGCUAGACUGCUGCAGAUAAGUUAUUUGGGAGCUUCUGUCGUAGGGGAAAGCUUUAAGAACUAAUGUGUUCACCUUCUUUAAACCUGCAUAUGAGCCCAAGAUGUAUAAAACAUGCUGAUUGUUAGAACAUAAAUUCGAAAAAUUUUAAGAAAAUAUUUGCAUUAGGGAAGAACAGGCUAGGAGAUUAACAUUCCUUGCAGUGCUAGAGGUUUGCCCGUCUUGUCAGAGAAACCCGAGGUACAGAGCCCAAAGCAGACAGGCAGUGACUUCAUCAGGAGACAAAGAUAAUGUUAGCAACCAAAGUGAUACAAAUUGUGUCCUGACGGUGCUCACCCGCAAAUGCUUGGCUUUGCUCAGCAGCUGUGGGAAUGGAUGGCUGCACAGCUGGAGUCAUCAUCCCUGCGCCUGCCCUCCUCACCCCCCUCCAACUUCUCAGUCCUGUGCCUGUUACUUUCUAAGAGGGGACUGAAAAGAAACGCACAACUCUGGCUUCUCACUCCCUUGGCCUGUAUGGCCUCAACAACCUUUUUCUGGAAUUGGGUUUCCUUUGUUCACUUACAAUCCUGGAAUAAGGAAUUUCCUUUUCUUCCUAUAAAUCAUUUUCUGUAGUCUUCAACUUUCUAGCUAAAAGCUUAGGCGGCUUUUAUGAAUAGCAGCCUACUUGGACAUGAAACAGACUUCUUCCCGCUAGAUUCCUGGCAAGUUCUACAGGUGUUGCAAGUCACACGUAGAACGGCCGUUGUGGAAUUCUUCUGGUGAUUUAUAGUCCCUGACCCAGGCAUAUUGUCCUUUGAGUCCCCGAUUAACCACAGCAGCUAACAUUUGCAUCAGACUAUCCGAACCUUCAAGAAGUGACACAGUGAACAUCUCAGAGCAGCGGUUUAGGGACUGUCUGAUCUAUUCAGGAUUGGUUGAGCAGAUAAUUGUGCACAGUGCCAGAAUCUCAUUAAUUCUUAGCCUUACCACAGACAUGCCCCACAUUUCCCUCCUUGUUUCAGUAUAAUAAAUACUUCAUAUAUACACCAAGCUCUCCUAAUGAAAACCUUAAUUUUUAAAAAAUGCUUCAAAUGUUACACUGGAAUUUUUCUCCCUGAAUUGAAGAGAUACAGCUAAAAUAUUAACAAUAAUCUAAAGGCAAGAAGUAUAUCUAGAUGGCCUCUGCCGCAUACUUGUAUGGUUUUAUUUCAGGAAUUGUUAUUUUUCUCUAUAAUUAAACUGGGACUGUGUUUUUUAUUUGAAACACAGCAGUAGAAAUAGAAUAAUAACUCUCCUCUUCCCAUAGUCGUACCCAAGUUAGGAAGGUACUUCUCAUGGUGACAAAGUUCUCUUUGUGUGUCUUCUUUCAAAAUAUUGUUACCUUUUUUAUUAAUUUUUGUAAGGUCAGAAAAGGAAAACUCCUACUAUAGACAUUAUAUCUUAAUUGGGUUUAAGAUCCAUAAAAUAAGUUAAAUCCCCAGAUAAAGACAUUGUAACUCAUUAAAAUAGAAAACUUGGGCUUUGUUAUGUUUUUCAAAACAUACAUAACCAACAUCCUCCUUAGCUUUCUGAAUAAUAGAAAGAUUGCAGAUAUGAGGCAUGAGUGCUGCCUCUCCCUGUCUUGUGUCCAUGUCACAUCACAUGUACUGCAUAGUGGCUGUCCCACCAGUUCCAGCUGUGACCUCAGAGUCCUUUGUAACACAGUGUUUCCAGUAACUGCUGUCAGUAAAACAAGAGUUGGGAUUUGAGUGAGACUCUGUCUACCAUCCCUCAACUGGCAUAUGAUCAAUAAUAAUGUAACUUAUUUGUGUUUGUAUGUUAGAAACUAGGUGAGGGCCCAGGAUGGUGGCAGCAUAAAGGAUCUUGCUUGGAAGAGGUUUUUACGGUGUGGUUUUUUUUUGUUUGUUUGUUUUUAAUUUUAGUUUCCUGAAGUGGGAUCUGUAUCCCAAAACUUAAGCUGAUAGGGUUAAGUUUUAAGCCUGGACAAAUAAAAUACUUCAAGCUGAAGUGUUUAAUAAUCCUAAUAUGAGAAGGUGAAUACAUCAUUAAACCCUAAUUGUAGAGCAGAAUUCCACUGUCACAAAGCACAUUUGUCUUCCUGGCUCCUUUCACCUCUGCCUAUGUGUCACUGAGGAACUUGGGGUAAGCAUCAGUAUUAUUCAGAUCAGGGGUCCCCACUGAAACCACGACCUCUUGGGGUGUGCUUCAUGAGAAGCUGAGAGAACUGCAGUCUUUGUGAGCAUUUCUUAAUGCCUUGUAUGACUUUUGUGCAAUUAUAUAAGUUCAAUUUGGACAAAAUGCUGUUACUUUUUAAGGCCCUAUUGACUGAAAGUAGAUACGUCAUUCCCCAACAAGGGAAGACCAUUUGUUACUGUCAUUUAAAAAAUAAACUAUAAAACAAUGUAA